AUGAAUGUCACAUCUACGGAUGCUGAGAAUCUUGUUCAAUUCAAACGUAUUGUGGAAGGUUAUCUACUUUCAUGCGUAUGUAUUGUCGGUCUCAUUGGUAAUUCACUAACGUGUUUAUCGAUCUUAUUGAAUCGAUCGCGUCGAUCGUCACCGACAGAUAUGUUCAUACUUGGCCUUUCAUUUACGUCAAUAUUCGUUAUUGCUGGCUUUUUAUUAACACAUGGAAUUCGUUUCGUAUUUCCUGCAAUCGGCGAACAACUUCACCGAUAUUUAUUUCUCCGAAUAUUUCCAGCUCAUGUCACCUGUAUACUAAUACAGAUUUAUUUAACAACAGCCAUAUCUAUUGAUCGAUGUUUGUUGAUUUGUGCUUGGCGUACUGCUUCUUAUCGAAGAUGGCGAACACCGAACCGAAUUAUUUAUCUUAUUUGUGGCAUAAGCAUCUUUUCCAUUAUCUAUUGUUUACCAUUCUGGUUCGAAUACAUCAUUACGGAUGAUGAUGAUAUUGAAUUAAGUGCGAUCGGUGCGCAUCCACUGUUCCGUAUCUUAAUACGCAAAUACUUGUACUUUGUAUUCAUCUUUCUUCUACCGAUGUCAUGCAUUACUAUUUGCACUUUAUCAAUUGUUCACACACUCUAUAAAUUAACAAAAAACCGAGCGAAAUCUCAGGGCAAUCAUUGCCGACGGAAAAAACACUCGCGACAAGUCAACACACUGUUAUUAUCGAUUAUGAUUAUCUUUCUCACUACACAAUUUCCAUAUUUUGUGUACAAUGUUCUUUAUGCCUUGAAAGGGCCGAGCUUAAUGGAAAAUCUACGUGCUCGACAGUAUUUGUCGAUCAAUAAUUUACUGUCAACAAUCAAUGCAUCCACAACUUUUGUGCUAUACGCACUAUUCGGCACUAAAAAACCAUCAAAUAACCCACAAAAUGUCUGA